AUGGAGGAAACCGCAGAGCAUGCGCGCGUGCCGCCGAUGGUCCAAGCACAGGGCAUUCUGCAGCAAUACUUGGACGAGACCUUUGUUUGGGUGAGGGUCAGAUGGGGAGCCUUCGCCACAUUCCUUUGCAUGUUCCUGGCACGGAUCUACAUCACGCAGGGAUUCUUCCUAGUCGCAUAUGCUCUCGGUAUCUAUCUGCUGCACCUCUUUCAAGUCUACGUCGCGGGGGAUCCCGACACGAACACCGAGGGAGAGUUCAGGCCGUUCACCCGCGAGCUUUCGGAGUUCAAGUGCUGGUGGAGAGGCACGAGGGCGACGGGCGUGGCGCUGGCGAUGACCUUCCUGUCCAUGUUCGACGUGCCGGUGUAUUGGCCAAUCCUUUUAGCUUACUUGAUAUUCGUUCUCGUACUCACCAUCAGAAAGCGUGUCAAGUACAUGAUCAAGCAGAAGCACGCACCUCUUGCUGGCAUUCAGGCAUUGUUGGCGGCCUCUUAG